CAUGAGUAUAAUCAAACUUCGUGAUCUCCCGACAUAAUUUUCUUAUCUUUGUUUCACAACAAUACAGUACACUGCAUUGACCAACAUGGCUCUUUUGAUAUUUCUGGCCCCAGUUCUACUAAUUUCAGUGGCGAGUGCCCAGUUCUUUAAUUUCAACACGUGUGCCAGUAUUCUUAAAGAGGAUUGUUAUCAAUAUGGCAGUAACCCUGAGUGUGGCUCAAAUGGCGUCACCUACAGGAACAGGUGUGAUUUUUCCAAGGCUCACUGUGAUGACAAAUCUAUCCACGUAGCAUCGCACUCAGCUUGUCCAACGACUACCGUCCCACCGCCUACCACCGCGCCAACUGGCGGUGUUGUGACGAGCCACCCUCUUCCGAGCACUCUUGCCCCUAUCUUGCACGGAAGCGAGGCUGUGCUGGACUUUUUCUGUUUUAAUCUUGCCUUUAAAGCAUGUGAUGCUGCACCAAACCCCGUAUGUGGCAAUGAUACGAUAACCUACAAUAAUCCGUGCGAGUUUGAGAAAGCCCGGUGUACGCAUCGCUCCAUACAUAUUGUUCACUAUGGUAACUGCAGUGGAAACCCCUUCCACCCAUGAAUAAAGUGACUUUUCAA